GAACCACCGAAGCUUGCGGAAGCUCCUCACUUCUUCACCGGAUCUCGUUCUACUCACGACCUCCCGUGUUCAGUUUUUGUGUGAAUUUUUUUUCCCUUCCCGACGAAAUCGAAUCUACGCCGUCGAUGGAAAAAGAAAAGUUUCAACGCGGAUAAAUCGUCGUCGAAAAUUUAAAAAAAAAAAAAAACUUUCGAAACGAUUCCAAAUGUAAGAUUCACUUACGCGGAGUUUUUUCACAGUUUUCGAUACGAAUCGAAGGAAUUCAAUGAUCGUUAAUCGACGCGAAUGAGUGAAUACUUGUUGUUUUUUUUUUUUUUUGACAAUCAAUAAUCCGUUUUGUGUGACUUCGUAAGAUAUAUAUAUAUAUAUAUAGUUUGAAAGAAAAUUUUGUUCUGUGUGUUUGGUGGUGUUAAAGUAAAUAAUAGAGUAAAGACAAAUGGUUGUGCUGGAAGAAAGCGGUAUGUUGACCUCCGGACAUAAUCAGUAUCUCCAACCGGAUUAUCUAUCCCCACUACCCACAACGCUGGACGCUAAAAAGAGCCCGCUGGCUCUCCUGGCCCAGACAUGCAGCCAAAUAGGAGCGGAUUCACCGACAAAACCGAUGAUUUCUCCGCUGGAGAAACCGUCGAAGGGUAUUUCCGCUUCGAACACCAGAUCUCCGCCAGUCGCUAAAAUGGAAAGGACGCGUAGCAGUCCCCAGGAAUCUAAACCACUCGGUUUCAAACCGUACGAGACUAACGUCGUUACCAAAAAAUCGUCAUCUUCGUCGUCGUCUUCGUCGUCGUCGUCGUCGUUGUCCGACGACAAUUGCAGACCCGGAUCAAAAACGAGUGUGCACAGUGCAAGUGGACAGGAUAACAGUGGUAACAUUGGUGUUUGUGAAAGUAUGAUAAACAGCGUGGAUAAGAAAAAUUCAUCGUCUUCGUCGUCGUCGUCGUCGUCGUCCAGUUCCGGAAGCGGAACACCGAUAGGACGGAAGUCCGCCUCACCUUGCCACGGCGGCGGCGACCGAAAAACUCCCGCCGGAUCGCACGAUCAUCGCGACAAAACCAACUCACCCAACAACAACAACAACAACAGUACUAACAACAACAACAACAACAACAACUCGACCGGCGCGAGUCCCAUAAUACGUUCCGGAAUGGAAAUAUUAACGGGACACCAGAAGGAAGCUUCGAAUUCGCUCCAGAGUUACAAACAGCAGCACAACGGUGCAUCGAGUCUAUCGGGUUUCGGCGGAGGCGGCGGUGGCGGCAAUCCGCUGUGUUGUCCGCCCGGACUGGCGGAGAAUCCUGCGUUCAGGCCACCAUUCGGUGGCGCAUCGCCAUUUUCCCAUCAUCACGCCGCGGCGGCGGCUUUGCUCGGUUAUCCGAGUCCGUCGCCGGCAACGGGUGGCAGUCCAUACCUGAGUUACACCAGGGUAAAAACACCGGCCGGCGGCGAGGCUCUGGUACCGGUUUGCAAGGAUCCCUAUUGCACCGGUUGCCCCUACAGCAUGCACAACGCUCAAAUGAUGAUGGGCGCCGCAUCGUGUCCGAGCGGUUGCACGCAAUGCGAUCACCAGAAGUACGGUUUGGCGAUGGCCCUGUCCAGUUUGGGUCCUAUGCCGCCGCCCCCGUCGCUCUCCUACCAAACGGCGGCGUCCUCCUUGUCCAACAACGGCAGACCGAUAAUAUGCAAUUGGAUUGCCGGCGAGUCGUACUGCGGCAAACGUUUCUCAACGUCCGACGAACUGCUGCAACAUCUGAGGAGUCACACGAAUCUCGGCGGCGGUCCGGAUCCCGGUUCGUCGUCGACCGCCACUUUGAUGAACCCUCCUCACGCUCACCCUCUACUGUCGCCGUCGGCCGCCCUUCAUCGCGCGGCGGCGGCCGCCGCCGCCUAUCCGGCGCCUUCUCUCAGUCCUCUGAGCGCGAGGUAUCAUCCUUACGGGAAACCGCCGUCGGGACCGCUUCCAGCAUCCCUCGCCGCGUCACCUUACAGCGCUUUCAAUGCCCUGGGACCGUAUUACUCGCCGUACGCGAUCUACGGACAAAGACUGGGCGCCGCCGUACAUCAGUGAUUCGUUGACUGAGUGAUUGUUUUACGAUAAAAA